AAGCUCGCUACACCAAAGCUCGGGGCAACAACCGGAGGUGGUUGGGUGUUCCACACCCACUCUGGGAGCCCAACUUCAAUCAUCUCACAAAUCCCGUUCCCGAAAGAGUUCCGCUACAGCCAUCACAGGCAGCCGGGCGAACGCGCUGUUAAGAGAUCGCUCCGUUAUUUUCCUGCUCUUACCCGAGCUAGCGGCUCCCGUUACCAUGACAGCCUUGUUUUCCCUGCACCUGCGGGAGCUAGCCCCUCCCUUUACCAGGAUAGUCGUUUCCGACAACGUCAGUCCUGACCCGGAAGUACACGUUCUUUUAAGUCUCUUCUGUGGAAUACUUGGCGUUGUUUGGCUGGUCUCGUGGGUGGUUGUGCGUCUGUUCUUGAAAAGCAGCAGCAUGUCCGAUAACGAAGACAACUUUGAUGGAGAUGAUUUUGAUGAUGUGGAGGAAGAUGAAGGGCUGGAUGAUCUGGAAAAUGCAGAGGAAGAGGGUCAGGAAAAUGUAGAAAUCCUGCCAUCUGGAGAGCGGCAGCAGGCAAACCAGAAGCGGAUUACCACACCUUAUAUGACCAAAUAUGAGCGGGCCAGAGUUCUUGGUACCCGUGCCCUCCAGAUAGCCAUGUGUGCUCCAGUUAUGGUAGAACUGGAAGGAGAGAUGGAUCCUUUGCUGAUUGCAAUGAAAGAGCUGAAAGCUCGGAAGAUCCCCAUAAUUAUCCGCAGGUACCUGCCAGAUGGAAGUUAUGAAGACUGGGGUGUCGAUGAAUUAAUUAUCACAGAUUGACCAGCUUCCUUUUCGUAUUGCAACUCCCCUUUCCCACAAUUUUUAAAAUAUUUUUUGUGUAAAUAAAUACUAAAAUCCUUA